AAGGUUUAAACUAAUCCGGAAUUGUCUUCGAUUUUAAAUUACCGCCUCCUUGAUGUCGAUUCGUUUAUGUUCACGUACUACAAACAUUCGAAAAAAUAAAUCCUUGAUAGACGUGAGAUGUGUGGAUAGGAACAGCUGUGUCUCGUGAACUACUGUGCUGUAUUUUCACCAGUUCCUGAGAAGGACGUGGAGUUUUCUUAUGUAGGUUGUCACGUUGCCAAACGCGAUGCGAACUGUACUACGCGUGUUUGCUGCCAACUUGCGGCAUGUGCGUGGUGAGUUGCUGAUUUAUUUGUUUCCUGAAAUUAUCUUCAGUCCGCCUUUAAUAAUGGUGCGUUGGCGAACAUUAUAGCAGUGUAGCAGUGACAUUUUGGUUUACUCGUCGACUAUUAGCUGCUGGUUUUCUGCUUUAGUGGGAGGCUCUAUUUCAUCUUCAAGGUACGUAAGCGGUUCACAUAUUUUGUUGCAAUGAAGUUUACUUGAUUUCCACAUUGAAAGAUCUCAUUUCUGAGUGCCCGGAUCUUCGCCUGGAACCUUCAAAAUGACUGAAAUGGACAGUGCAAUGCCCGCGGAGGCGGGGCCGGGGGCGGCGCGGGCGAAACGGCCCGGGGGCGAGGCGUUCUGGCGCGAGACGCUGGGCGGCGCGCAGCGCUUCGUCGCGCCCAUGGUGGACGCGAGCGAGCUGGCGUGGCGCCUGCUCAGCCGCCGCCACGGCGCGCAGGUGUGCUACACGCCCAUGCUGCACAGCUCCGUGUUCGUGCGCGACCCCAAGUACCGCCAGGAGGCGCUCGCCACCUGCGCGGAGGACCGCCCGCUCAUCGUGCAGUUCUGCGGCAACGACUCGCAGACGCUGCUGGAGGCGGCGCUGCUGGCGGAGCCGCACUGCGACGCCGUCGACCUCAACCUGGGCUGCCCGCAGGCCAUCGCGCGUCGCGGCCGCUACGGCGCCUUCCUGCAGGACGACUGGGACCUCCUCCACGACAUUGUAAGCACACUGCACCGAGCUUUAUCGGUGCCUGUGACGUGCAAGAUCCGAGUGUUCGAAGACGUGGGGCGCACGGUGGAAUACGCUCAAAUGCUGGAGGCGGCAGGCUGUCAGAUGCUCACAGUGCAUGGCCGCACUCGCGAGCAGAAGGGACCUCUCACUGGACUUGCUAGCUGGUCCCACAUAAAGGCUGUCAGAGAAAAUGUCAAAAUUCCUGUAGUUGCCAAUGGUAAUAUUCAGUGCCUCCAAGAUGUAUACCAUUGCUUGGAGGAAACAGGCUGCCAUGGUGUUAUGUCUGCAGAGGGUAAUCUUUAUAAUCCAUCAGUAUUCGAAGGUGGUAAUCCUCCUGCCUGGGAUAUAGCUUUAGAAUAUUUGGAUCUGGCAGAACAGCACCCAUGUCCCACAUCAUAUGUGCGAGGCCAUCUCUUCAAAUUGUUUCAACAU